AUGUCUCAAGAUCUCGAGAUGGAUUAUCCAUGGGUCUGGAAGAGUUUGAACUAUGAAAGCCCAAACUCAUGCUUCGGCAGUAUGGUGCGGGGACCAACUGACCGCCUACCGUUUGUGUCUCAUUCCCCGCCAAAUAAAAAAGUGACCAGAGUCGAUCACUCGACUCCAACUCAGAUCAUUGACUCUUUUUAG